AUGUGCGCUGCUUACCUUCAGGCGGGGCCGUACCUUGCGGGCCUGUUGGACGACCAUUUCAAGGGGACGCUCUACUUGCUCGUCAACCUGGUCGAAGUGCUGGUCGUCACCAGGGUCUACGGUGUGCGUCGCCUGGUCAUCGAUGCCCAGACCAUGACGAACAUGACGCCGAACAUCGUCCUGCGCACCGCCUGGACCGUGGUGCUGCCAAUCUCGCUCACGGCACUGGUGCUGUCAAGCAUGCUGUACAAACCGGGCUCGUCGUACGACGAAUACAUCUACCCUGCCUGGGUGAAAGACCUGGUCCUUGGCUUGGCUCUGGCGGGUUUUGGCUUUGUGCCAGCCUACGCCGUGGCCUCGUUCGCGUCGAGUAGAUGGGAGCCCGCGAUGUGCCUGAUGCCAUCUGUGCGCUGGGGCCCGAACCCGGACGCCCACGCUGAGUGCCAGUACAUGGAGAGGCUGCAGCGCCAGGGCGCCACAGACUGGUCUGCAGGCUGGAUGGCGGCGAAGGGCGAGCCUGCUCUAAACAAAACGGCGCUUCUGCCUACCACGUCGUCCACGCUGUCGCCGCAUCCGGAUGAAGGCCGAGCGACUGCUGGAGCCGUGCCAGCAGCUGCCAGCACCCCACCGAGCACCAAGCCUCCCAGACUGUGUUUCCGGGCCACCCCUCAACGGGAGAGCCAAGCCACCGGAGGCACCCCCAGUGUAGCCGAACGCCGGCAACUGCAAUGACACAAUUUCCUCGCCUCAUAGCUUCCGGACCUUCAACCACGAUUUUGCGGCCCCCUGACCUUCUCACCUGUAGCGUGUGCGCUGUUUCCGCACCACUUCGAACUCUGUCUUAUCAGUGCGUACUGUGGCACGUUGGUCUCAACUGAGAACCUUUACAGCGAUAGCUUGAAUAUUGCUGAAAAACUGUAAUCGCACUGAGCCACAGCUGCUUUCUAGAGUUCGGAAGCUGCAUGUGCUUUUAAUACUUUUUUAUAUGUGGACAAUUGACUGAAUGCGUGCAUAUACAGGCAGGUCGCGGUGCCAGUAGGGCGCCCGCAUUUUUGUGCAGUGUGGUGCUUUCCCCUGUCACUUGAAAACUGUACGUCAGGACACGUUAAGCGGUUCAAUCGAGUAUUGUGCAUACGUGUCUUCCGUGAAGCUGCACUUGGAGUACACUUGGACGAACAUGCCUUUACCGAUGAUAUUUGCGCCCUACACCUUCCGUUUACGCAGAUAUUGCUCUAGAAAGGCUGGGAAUUUACUUGAUCUUGUUUACGUGUAAGGCUAUUUACAUGCCCUAUCAGGAACUGCUCUUGAGUGCAUCUUUUCCUUCAUUACCGAGCGAGUAAAAUGAAUUUAUCAAGCGUA